UCUCCGCCGACCAAUACUCGUGUGCAGUACGUUCGGCGCCAUUUUGAAAAACACAUCUCAGAGCAUCUAAAGUUUCGUGUUUAUUAUCCCAGAGAAAUGGCUAACGGAGAUAAAAAGAAAAAGAAGCAUAGAGAUCGAAGUAGAUCUCGAAGUCCUGCCCGAAGAAAAAGUAGUCGAUCUAAUUCAAGGUCAAGAUCUUCGCGAAGACGUGAUGAUUCUAGGAGCCCGUCAAGUUCACCCGAACGAAGAAAGAAACGAGAGGAUAAACACAGAGAUGAUUUCGACAGAGAGCGAAGCUCCAAGGACAACAGGUCGGAUGACGACUCCGACAAUCGUCAACAAUUUAUUGACCCUUCAAACACGAAAGAGAAAGAUAUUAAGAAAGCCAUGGAGACAGCAGAGGAGAAGAGAGCAAGGAGAUUGGCUAAAAAGGAAGCUAAGGAAAAGAAAAGAAGGAAGGAAAUGGGCUGGAACGAGGAGUUAUUGGGAUACACCAAUACCGAUAACCCUUUUGGUGAUGCUCAUUUAUUGGAUUCAUUCGUUUGGCACAAGAAAAGGGAAAAACAUGGAGAAAAUCACUUGUCAGAAGCUGAAAAGAGAUUACGAGACAAGAGGCGACAGGAAGAGACAAGGAGACAACUGGAGCAAGUCAGGCAAAGGAGAACUGAACGAGAACAUGAGAUGCUUUUAAGAGAGGAGGAGAAGGAAAGGCUUCAGCGCGAGAAAGAGGCAGAGUACUUCAGUGAGUGGGAGAAACAGGAAGACAACUUUCACUUGAACCAGGCGAUGCUUAGGUCACAGAUAAGGAUAAAGGAUGGCCGAGCCAAAGCUAUUGAUCUCCUGGCACAGUACAUCAGCCCAGAUGAUGAUAAUCUUGACAUUAAGAUGCACGAGCCUUACACCAUGCUAGUGGGCUUGACCCAAUCAGAUCUUGAGGAUUUGCUGGAGGAUAUUAAGGUGUACCUUGAAAUGGACCAGGGUAAAAAUGCCGAGUAUUGGCAGGACAUAACAAUCAUUUGUAAAGAUGAGAUCAAGAAGCUGAGGAAACAGACUGAGAAUUACAAUGACAGAAGAGAGAGUAUCCAUACCGCUGUGCAUUCUGAUGUGGAUAAAAUCUUCAAGGGGAAAACAUACUCACAACUUAUUGCACUGGAAAAGCAGAUCUUUCAGAAGAUCUCCAGUGGUGAUGCGGUAGACAUUGGCUACUGGGAAUCCCUGCUCCAACAACUAAAGGCAUACAUGGCAAAAGCCAGACUACGAGAGAAGCAUCAGUCCAUGCUUAAGCAUAAGCUUCUACAGCUCAAACAAGAGAAAUCUGAGAAACCAAGCUCAUCUGGUGAGAUCUCAUUGUCAGAGGACGAAGAGGAACAGAGCCCUACUCCUGACCAGACGACCCAAAAGGAUGCGUCACCACAGCCAGGAAGAGAGAUUGAGCCAGAGCAGGCGUCCACUAGUACCUGGCGUGACGAGAAAGAUGAGGAGGAGGAGGAGGCGGCAGAGUCCCAGGAGGGAGAACAAGCCAUAAAGUUGUUCUCUGAGGAGGACUUAAUGGAAGAGGGUUAUACAGCAUAUGAGGCUGGUAAAUACAGUCCAAGACUCCUAAAGAACAGCGAUGUGGAGGAGCAUUUGAUUGUGAACCCUGAGGAGGACUUGGAAAAACUGAUGAUGUUAAGGCAUGAAGUCAUCAUGGGAGGCACUGCGUCAGUGGACAAAUUGAUUGAGCCGUCAGCCCUUGUCACUCAAGAAGAAAACAGAGGGAUGGGCCCAGAUGAAGAAGCAUUUAACGUACCUGUACCCAUCACACAAAAGGCGUAUCUAUGGGAAGACAAGUACCGACCUCGCAAACCAAGAUUCUUCAACAGAGUGCACACGGGUUAUGAGUGGAACAAGUACAACCAAACUCAUUACGACAGUGACAACCCACCGCCUAAAAUCGUACAAGGCUACAAAUUCAAUAUUUUUUAUCCUGAUUUGAUCGACAAGACUGUGGCGCCAGAAUAUUACUUGGAGCCUUGCUCAGAUACCAAAGAUUUCGCCAUCCUUCGGUUCCAUGCAGGGCCCCCUUAUGAGGAUAUUGCUUUCAAAGUCGUGAACAGAGAAUGGGAGUAUUCGCACAGACAUGGCUUCCGCUGCCAGUUCCAAAACAAUAUCUUUCAGUUGUGGUUCCAUUUCAAGCGAUACAGAUACAGACGCUAGUACCAGAACAGGUGCUCACGCCAAAGUGCAACAUAUAACUACAAUAAACUCUCCAGCUUAACGACACAAGAAUCAAGCGCUCUCUUUCCUCAGAUACGGAUUUUAAAAAUUGCAUCUUUAGAAACUGUAUUUUCACUCAAGUUUACAGAAUAGUCUAAGAGGCUCUCAGUUGUAUAAUCUAUAAGAAAAACUAGUUCCUAUUUAUUAGACUUUGUCGAAAUGAAAAUAUUCUCUGCAGUUUUACACCUUGUAUUAUAUAACAAUGUGAAAUGCCCCAUUAAAGGCCGAUCAUGCUGCCAUUUUAUGAUCCCUCUUAACGCUAAGUCACACAAGCAUCAAUUUCCAUCAGCUAAUUCAAACUAGUAACCAAGACAUUUUCAAUCAAAUAUCAACAAUAACCUACCAGACUUCAUUUGUAGAUUGUUAUUUUGCAAGUGUCCUUACGAAUAAACUGCUGUAUUAUUAUUGCAUGAUAAACAAAAUAACAAAGAUCUACAUUAUUUAAGACAUCUCUUUUUAUGUCAUCCCCAGGAAGUGAUAUCACAAUAAACAAAUUCUUAAUUGUCA